ACCUGUGGAUAGUGGAGGCGUGUGGUCGGACGGGGAAGCUCUAGAAGUGCAGCCGUGAGGAAGGACCAAGUGGGACCUAGAGAUUGGGGCAGAAUUCAGAGCGAAGAAGGGCGGGACUGGAAGGCCUUGAGAUGGAUCCCAGCAGGCUGGAGGAAGAACUGCAGUGGAUGGAGUUGGUCUGGGAGGAGGCUCCAGCAGACAAGACAGAGGAACCGCUUGGCUCCCAGGUCUGGAGUACCCUGUUCCAGGCAGUGUGGUGUGGUGCCCCCAGCUCGGUGAUGCAGCUGCUGAGGCAAGGGGCUAGUGUGGAGGAGAGGGAUCGCACAGGUCGCACUCCGCUCCAUCUGGCUGUGAUGCGCGGCCACGUGCCUCUUGUACGCCUGCUGUUGCAGCGUGGGUCCCUGGUGGGUGCAGCUGACCACAGAGGGCGCACACCACUGCACGAGACUGCCUGGCAUGGGCACUCAAAAGUGGCAGAACUAUUGCUGCGGCGUGGGGCCUCGGCAGUGGCAUGCUCGCCAACGGGUCUCACGCCCCUGCACUUGGCAGCUGCGCUGGGCCGCACGCUUCUGGUUACGUGCCUUAUGGCCUCACCAGGUUCGGGCCCAGUUGUGAAAGACAGAAGAGGUUGGACUGCCGCACACUGGGCAGCUGCGUGCAGGCAACUGCCGGUACUAGAGCUGCUGACUGUUAGAGGCAAUGUAGACCUGGACAGCGCCCUGCUGGUGUCAGCGGUAGCUGGAGGUGCAUCAGCCUUGCGGCUUCUCCUGGCACUGGGGGCAAAGGUGGAUGCCCCGGACAGCACAGGAGCUACCGCGCUUGGCCUGGCAGCUGGCCUAGGCCACCACCAAGAUGUUGAGGUGCUGCUGGACCAUGGGGCGAACCCAAAUAUCAGUGACAAGAACAACCGCUCUGCACUCCACAGGGCUGCCGCUGGUGGAUAUCUACCUGUUAUACAGCUGCUGGUGGCUAAUGGCAUUGAGAUGGAUUCUCGAGACUCCCUGGGCCUCACACCCCUGCACUAUGCUGCUCGGGGAGGCCAUGUAGAAGUUGUCAGUCAUCUCUUGGACAGGGGUGCACAGGCCAAUGCUGCUGGCUGGCUCCGCAAGACCCCUCUGCACCUUGCUGUGGAGUGUGGCCACAGCAGCACCAUAGAACUUUUGCUGAGCCGAGGAGCCAACUCUACCUUGAGGACACAGUGGGGUGAGGUGGCCCAGACUCUAUAGGGUGUCUGCCCCCAGGCACUGCCUGAUCUCCUUAACAAUGAAAGACAAGAAAAGCAGAGCUAUACUUAUAACUAACUUAAGAGUUUGAGGUUAUGUAGGAUAUCCUUUCUGUUAAGAUUUGUUCACAGAGCCUGGCAUUGGUGGCGCAUGCCUUUAAUCCCAGCACUCGGGAGGCAGAGGCAGGCGGAUCUCUGUGAGUUCAAGGCCAGCCUGGUCUACAGAGUGAGUUCCAGGACAGCCUCCAAAGCCACAGAGAAACCUUGUCUCGAAAAACCAAAAAAAAAAAAAAAGAAAAACCAACCAAACAAACAAACAAAAAACAAAACAAAACAAGAUUUGUUCACAGGGCUGGGUAGUAGUGGUGAAUGCCUUUAGUCCCAGCACUCGGGAGGCAGAUGCAAAUGCAUAUCUGUGAGUUCAAGGCCAGGCUAUUCUACAGAUAGAUUUCAGGACAGCCAGGGCUGAUGCACAGAGAUACCCUGCUUCAAAAAACAAAAACAAAAACAAAAAAAACCAAACAACAAAAAGAUUUGCUCACCAAAACUGCUACCCAUUAGGUUAUAUUCAUAUAUCAAAAGGAUUGCAAUUCUGCCAGGCAGGUAAGAUAUCCAUAGUUAACAGCUACAUUAAAAAAAAAGAACACCUUUAAUCCCAGCACUCGGGAGGCAGAGGCCAUCCUGGUCUACAGAGCGAGUUCCAGGACAGCCUCCAAAACAAUACAGAGAAACCCUGUCUCGAAAAACAAAAACAAACAAACAAACAAAAAAGAACAACACUGGCUUAUUUCAAAAUAACUGUGACGACAUUUUACUAUGUAGAUCUCCCAUUUGUUCAAAAUGGCCAUGCCUGCAGUUUCUGGUUCUGUAAAACAUGUAUAAAUGCUCAAAGUGUAUCUUAGUGCUGGAACCUAAAUGAGAUUCACAGAUGACAGAGUAUGUGAAAUGUUAUAGCUCAAAAUCUACAUAAGCUGUAAAGAAUUUCUGUUCAAGGGUGUUGUCUCUUUGGGUGUUAGCCAGAAACCAUUAUUAAAGGGUUGGGCUUUUUUUUUUCUUCCUUAUAAUUCUCUCAGUGUCUGAAGUAAAUUCAUGGCUGGUGGUGGUGGUGGUGCAGUUAACCUGCUCUUUAACUAGGAGCCACAGACCCACUAUCUCUGUGCUUCCUUCUGUGAGGCUGAGCCUUUUUGGUCAAAACAGGACAAGAAGACUCCUGAACCCUCCUUCUAGGCAGAGACCACCUGUCGGUCAGAAAGAAAUCACCUGAGAAUUCUUGGGGAGAGAAGCUGCUGAGGCGAAGGUUUGAUCUCUGUCCUCAGGAGUCUAACUUCUCAGCUCCAGCCUCAUCCACGUGCUGGUGAGGGUCAAGUCCUUGGCAACGGAUUUGAUUAAAGCCUCAUGAUUUCUCUUUUGUCUGUUCACCAUGGGGGCUUCCCCCUUACCUGCACUGUAUGUGGGGAAUGUUCUGUUUGUAUUUGUCUUUCAUAUUAGUUUCUCUUCUCUGUGAUGAAAUACUUGAAAGGAGAGACGUUGGCUCAUAGCUUCAGAGCACACACAGUGCGGUUUAUGGAUAUGGUUUAGUUGGUAAAAUGCUUGUAUAGCAUGUCUGUGUCAAUGAGAAUUCCUGGGGAGAAGCUGUGUGUGACUGCAGAGAUUAAUUGACUGUGGAUGUGGAGAGGUUGGAAUGUUGCAGAUCCAGAUUGCUUUAUCUCAAGCUGGUUUUAGCCUACUUCUGUGUCAGAACUAACAGCCUGUGACUAUUAGAAAUGUUUUGGAAUCUAUUAACUUAGUAGACCACUAGCUUCCACAAAUCAGAAGCUAAGAAUGUCAUCAGAUAGCAUCUGAGGCCUAUAGGAGAGCUGUCCCCAUCUUGCUGUAAACACCUCUGGUUUUUAAAAAGUGUCUUGAUUUGUGGCUUUCUUUGUUGUGUCAUGAGAAAAACUUCAAGAACCUGGGCAAGGUGACAAAAAUUUUUUUGUUUGUUUUCUCGUUGAAUUGCAUCGAACAAUUUCAAGUAAAGUUGGUUUGACAAAAGAGUAUAUUGUGUGACACAGAGUUACACACUACAA